AUGACAGACCGCAUCAGCCAGCUCGCUGGCCACCUCAACUAUCCCAAGGGCCUUCUCGCCGGCCAAGUCGCCAUCAUCACCGGCAGCGGACAAGGUAUUGGCGCAGAAGCGGCCCGUCUCUUUGCAAAGGAGGGGGCCAAAGUGGUCGUUGCAGACAUUGACGCUCAAAAAUCACAAGAUGUCGUGGACAGCAUCAAGAAAGAGGGCGGCCAGGCCAUCGCUGUGCCAGGCGACAUUCUGAACAGCGAGUACAUUGCCACCCUCGUCAAGAAGGCCGCCGACUUUGGCGACGGCAAGAUCAACAUCCUCGUCAACAAUGCGGGCUACACCUGGGACGGUGUCAUCCACAAGAUGACCGACAAGCAGUGGGACAACAUCAUCGCGCUGCACUGCACCGCCCCCUUCAACCUCGUCCGUGCUUCGGCGCCGUACUUCCGCGUCAAGGACGGCGCGCCACGCUGCAUCGUCAACAUCUCGAGCACGAGUGGCGUCCACGGCAAUGCAGGCCAGCUCAACUACGCCCUCGCCAAGGCUGGCGUCACGGGCUUCACAAAGACAAUCGCCAAGGAAUGGGGUCCUCAGUUCGGCGUCAGGGCAAACACUGUCGCGUUUGGUCACAUUCUCACCCGCUUGACGGCCGCCAAGGAGAACGGUGCGUUUGUCCAGGGCCCUGAUGGCGAGAAGAUCGCCCUGGGGAUACCGCAGAAAAACACUACGCCGGACAGUGCUGCUGCUGCCAAUGCCGACAUCCCGCUCAGGAGGCCUGGCACCGCAACAGAGGCGGCGAGCAGUAUCCUCGCCGUGGCCAGCCCACUGUUCUCGUAUGUGACGGGACAGACAAUCAUGGUGACGGGUGGGAGGAACAUGUAG